AGACCUGCCAACUGACUUUUGAAGACCCGCGUACAAACAAACACAUCCUACUCAAUAUAUUUACCUCACAAAUUUAGAUAUAUACAUAUAUUUUUUACUGUUUAUCAACUGGCGUCGAAAUGAGUGUGAUACUUGAGUCAUCAUUCAACAUUGAAGAUAUUAUAAAGACUCCAGAAAGCCCAGUCAGGAGGGCAGAGCCGAAACCAGCAGAGCUGUUAAUCAAACUCAGGAAGCUGCAACAAGCCAAGAAAAACCUUGAAGAUGAAGUGAAGGAAACUAUGCUACUUAGAUGUGCUAGAAAGGAGGAGGAAGAUGCAUUAACUGCUGAAGGCCUACAGUUGGAGGCAACAGUGAAUGAAAAGGAAGAGUUAAACAGAUCUUUGCAGCUCAAAUGUGAGGACCUUCAGCUAGAGGCACAAAGGGAGCUUGAGCAGAACCAUCAGAAGGAGGAAGUAGUAAAGCAGUACUGCUUUCAGAUCCAGGAGACCAAACUAAAGCACAGAAAGAUUCGGAUGAAGUUUGAGAAUCAGCUUCAGCAAUUCAUGGAUCAGCAUAAAAGCCUGUCCACCGUCUUUACUCUACAAAGACUUCCAGCAGAAAUACAGUCUGCAGAGUAUACCACUGAGCAGCUGUUGAAGGCUGAGCGACAGAAGCUGGAGCAGUUGACCAAGCUUCCGGAAGGGUUAAGCCACACCCAAAAUGCAGAGAUGCAUAUGGACGCUUGUGAAAAAGCACCAUGAAUAUCUGAAAGAGAUUUUGCGAACUUGAGCUGAGUAU